AUGAUUCGCCCAAGCGUUACCGCACUCACGGUCUAUCUUGCAUACCUGUUCCUCAUAGAAGCUGCCGGAACGCCCAAGAUAGGUUUUGAGAUUGAGACCGGUCAAAUGCAUUUCUAUAAUAGAGAGUGCACAAAACGCGCAAAUACGGCCAUGAAAGGCCAUCAGGUCUCCGGCCACAUUGGCAAAGGAUGGUUCCUAGGUGUGGACACUACGCCAGCAAGAGCAGCGGUUUUACAGCCUGAAUAUGAUGUACUUUGCAACUUGGAUGAUACAAAUAAGCUUGAAAGCUUGAUUGGUCACGUCAUGCAGAGUAUGGACAGAAUCGAUACCAAACAAGAUGUUGUCAUCCAGGAUUCCGAGGGUAAACGGGAUCUUUAUAACCCUUGGGAGCUGAUUUUCAUCCCUGGGUUGUCUAAACUCUCAGCUGAUGCGACAUGGGACGUGCAAGCCACGGCACCCUUGAUGCUUGAGGCUGUACAGGACCUUUUAAUCGCAGCCGUUCAGAAAGAAACCCACCCAUUGGUGAUCCAAGAUAAAAAAUGGAGCAAGAACUUGGUAUAUGUGCAAAAGAACUGGUUGGACUCCAAAUACUUUCAAGAGGCAACUGGCGGUUCAGACUGGGCUACAAAAGAUGUCAUGGGUUUCUUAUCGAUUAUGUUAUCGAACAUUAAGAUGGCUCGGGAGCUCACUGCAAGCGUCUUCAAACCAGUGAGGAGGAAGGUUUACUCCACACAAGGCCCUAAGACUUUAGUGUGGCUCAUGCCACGCAAUUCCUGGACUUCAGUGUUUAGCCUUGUUGAGAAGAAGCUGCCUAAGAGUGUUGGACUUUGGGAGAUCCUUGAGCACUUAAGCUGUUACCAAAACACUAAGGAUGGUAAACUCAGGCUUGAUAAGAAUUUCUGUAAAGGAAUGGAGGAUAACCCUCAGCCUAAUGGAAAGCUGCAAAAAAAGGCUUGGUCUCUUAAGGGCGGCAUUGAUCCUUUAUCUGUUAAGACAUGGGUUGAAAGCAUCAUAUCCCAGCCUGCUGGGUCCCCAGAUGCGCUUAGCGCGUGGGACGCUAAGCACUUUGACGGCCAAAUUGGCGCCUUCGAUAGGCUUGGGAAGGGCUUUGAGGAAGUUCUUAACUCGCAGCGUGAGGUCUCAUUAUGGGAGUUCCGCGGCCUAGGCUUAUCUCGCAAAGCGGGCCUGGCUGAACGCGUUACAAAGAUUCAAAGCGAGGUUGUAAAGUUUCACAAGAAAUAUCCUCAUGAGCCAACAUCUUAG